CAUCGUGCUUUUUGUCAAACUGCUGCUGUUGUCAAGUCAAAAGGCGAAAUGUGUUGAGGAAUAUAGCAUUCCAGAUUUUUACUUGAAUUAUAAGCUAUUUUAGCUUCUAAAUUAGAUUCUAGGUGUAAAGUUAACAAAAUGCAAAGUAACACUGCUUAUAUAUGUUUAAUUUAUCUAACGUCUGCGUUAGUACUGACGUUGGCCGGUCGGGACUUUUAUCAAAUCCUUGGUGUAUCUCGGUCUGCAACCACGAAUGAAAUCAAAAAAGCUUACAGAAAAUUAGCAAAAGCUCUGCAUCCAGACAAGAAUCAAGAUGAUCCCGACGCUUCACAAAAGUUCCAAGAUCUCGGUGCAGCGUACGAGGCUCUUUCGGACCCUGAAAAGCGUGAACUAUAUGACCGUUGCGGUGAGGAUUGCCUGAAGAAAGAUGGCAUGAUGAAUAACAAUGAUCCUUUUGCCAGUUUCUUUGGAGAUUUUGGUUUCCACUUUGGCGGUGAGCCUCAACAACACGAAACACCACGAGGGGCGGAUAUCGUCAUGGAUAUCACGGUCACCCUGGAAGAACUAUAUAAUGGAAAUUUCAUUGAGAUAACCAGAAAUAAGCCUGUCAUAAAACCAGCGUCAGGCACACGUAAAUGCAACUGCAGACAAGAGAUGGUCACCAGAAAUCUUGGUCCUGGCCGCUUCCAGAUGAUGCAACAAACUGUAUGUGAUGAAUGUCCUAAUGUGAAAUUGGUGAAUGAAGAGAGGCUACUAGAGAUAGAGGUAGAAGUAGGUGCGCCAGAUGGUCAUAAGUCCAGGUUACGAGGUGAGGGUGAACCACACAUGGACGGAGAGCCUGGUGAUCUCAUAUUUGUGUUCUCAACAGAGAGGCACCCACAGUACACACGCAAGGGAGAUGAUCUCUACACCAAUGUCACUAUAAGUCUACAGGAUGCACUUACUGGUUUUACAAUGGAAUUGGUUCACUUGGAUGGUCACAAAGUGACAGUAUCCCGUGAUAAAGUAACAUGGGCAGGAGCCCGUGUCCGCAAGAAGGGUGAAGGCAUGCCUAAUUUCGAAAACAACAACCUUCAUGGAAACCUCUACAUCACCUUUGACAUUGACUUCCCAAAACAAGACUUCACAGAUGAUGAAAAAGAAGCUCUAAGGAAAAUACUAAAACAAUCACCAAAUAAUAAAAUAUACAAUGGACUAUAGUAGCUAUACUGCCAAUUUAAUUUAUUUAAGUAGUGAAAUGAGUGCUACAGUAUGAACAAAGUCUUGUUUUGUUGUGUGAGGGAUAUUUCGUUACCUGUGAAUACAUGUGAUUGUUUUUUAUAUAAUAAACAUCCUUAGUGUAGAAUA